AAAGUAGGACACGCGAAUAAUAGAACCAGGGGGGAGGGGAUGGGAAAUUGGUCUCAUAAAUCCAAGAUGGCAGACGAACAGCCAGGAGACGACAGCUCAAAUAAAAAAUCAGUUAUAAGCGAUUCUGAGCAAGAAUCACCUAGAGUGAGUCUCACAUCAGCAGCGUUAUUACUAACAGGAGUUACAGUCGCUUCUAUGAUGGGUGGAUUUGGGGUUACUCUUGGUAUGGCAAGGAAAAAGAGUCCGGACGCCUUCACUGGUCGAUACAACGAGGGAGUCAAACUUGCGACUCGUGCUCUUGCGUAUGGCAGUCUGUGGGCCAUUGGUGGGGUUGGAGUCAUUGUGUAUGGAGUAAAGACGGCUUUAGGGGUGAAAACUACAAAAGAAUUUGGAGCAAAAAUGACCGAGAUCCUUCCAUCAAAAGAUGGGAAACUUGUCACAUACUUUGAGUCUUGGAGACUGCCUCGUAAACAGGGAUCAGAUGACAAGGAGGUGGAAUCCUGGUUUGCUGAUAAGCCCAUGAUACAAAAAUACAAUAAAACACAGGAAAAAGACAAUACAUAAUGCACCAAGUCACUUUUUAAAUUCUAUAAAAGUGGAAGAAGCAAACAGAUUUGAUCCUCAGAAGUCAGAUAUCAGAGACAGCACUUUUUGGAGCCCAAUUUGUUGAUGACUAGAAACACCUUUUUUAUGAACAUUGAUGAUGAUGCACAAGGUUUUUGCCCUAAACUUACUGUUACACUCAUAAUUUGGUAAAACCAGCCAGCUUUGUAUCAAAAUGUGCAGGUUUAAGGUACAAAAAGGAUGUACAAAAGCCUAUAAUGAAAGUAUGCAAAAACAUUAUCACCAGUCAAACUUUUGCAAAUUGCCUCCUGUAAUUAAGUAUUUCCAAAUCAAUGCUUAACUAUAAUUUUAAUAGUUUAUCUUUCAUAAAUAGUCAUUAAUGAGUUAACACUUUAUCUACAUAAAAUUAACAUAUCAGAUUACUUUCCAGAGUAAGGUUUUUUAAGAUGGCCGAACUGUUUUAAUUUGGUGGCACAAAUGUUUUGACAUGGAUAAUUAUUUUAUAAUAUGGUAGAGUACAAACACUAUAAGUGUAACAUAAAUACCACUAAAUACUGCUAAAUUAUGCUAAUCCUAUUGUUUUCUAUUGUUUAAUUAGCACUAUUUAUUCCCUGCUAGCAGAGUCUCUCUGCUCUUUCUCUCCCUUCUUUCAGGCGGGGAGGAAGGAGACUCUGCCGAUGUAGAGCGUUUCCUUUGAUACACCGCCGUCCACAAUUGUGGACAAACAAAACCAGUCUUAAAACCGGUUUUUAACCGAUUACAUGUAGUGCGCAUUAGCAAAUGUAACAGAACGUGGCACCAAACACCGUUUGACGAGAGCGGCUGUCAAAAUCAUGGCAGCGUUGCUAAGUUAUGCCACACAUGCGUGACAGAAAUAACGUCCUACAUCGGCAGAGUCUAUUUUUCUCUCUCAACCAAAACAAAAGGAAAAUAGGCACUGCUAGCAGGGAACACUAUUUACUACUAAGUAGUGCAAAGUGUUGCACACUUUUAGUGUUUGUACUCUAUCAUGAAUUUAGAAUUUUGGCCAAACAUAUCCAAGAUCUGAAUACA